GGCAGCAGAAGCCAGAGCGCUGCGCGCCCCCGUUGCCCCCCUUCCUGCCCGGAGUGAAAACUGAGAGGAAAAAGCGUCGGGAGCAGAGACCAUGGAGGGGGAAAGCUGGAUGUAUUAGCUAGUUUGCUGCUUAGGGCACUUUUUACUCUUCUUUCGCUUCUACCCACAGAAAUCAAAGCGUCUCAAUGUGGAGAUAUCCGGUGUGUAUUUUACGUUGCUCGUAAAUCUCCUGAACAGUCAAACAAUCAACUGCGAGUCGGACCGCGGACGGUUAGCACAGCCUGACUGAAAGUUAGCCCGCUCCGGCUAACUUAGCCCGCUCCAGCUACCACGAAAGGACAAAAAAACCCCUAAAAACACGAUAGUGAGUAAGAGUGUCGGGGCUUGAAGUAACUCGUAAUGUUGCCUCCCGGGAUUAAUUUCAGAUACGGAUGAGAAAGAAAUUCUCUGGGAACAGCGAGAACAACAGCGAGCCAGACAACCACCGUCGUUAUGCUGGGGUUGAUCCGCGGCUCCGGCAGCCCGUCCGAGUCCCGAGUGUGGCCGCACUCGGUGCUCUGGAGGCUGGGGGGCUUCUUCUUCCUGCUGCUGCUGGAAGGGGCCGGCUGCCUGGCCAGCCCGGGCAGCCCCGUAGGCGUCAACAACAACAACCCCGGAGUCAACAUCUACAUGAGUGUGGAGGAGGUGAAGAAGCUCCUGGGCCUCGACGCAGAGCUGUACUACGUGCGACACGAUGUGGUGAACCAUUACGCGCUUUCCUUCAACAUGUCUGUCCCCACUGAGACCAACAGCCUCUACUUCACAUGGUACUCCAAGACAAAGGUUGACUACCGGCUUUCAUUCAGCGUGGAGAACCCUGUAGCCCUGAACCCGCCAUGGUGCAACAUCUCCCUUCAGGGGGAAGUGCCCCGUGUUCCCUCUGUCUUCAGAGUGGACAUCUUAUGUUCGGGCAAAGUAGAUGAAGAGGCAUUUUUAACAAUGCAGCUGAAUCUGACCAUCCAUGCCAACAACUACACAGUGCUCAACUUCAAGAGGAGGAAAAUGUGCUAUAAGAGAAUCGAUUCUGAAAAGAUCCCCAUUCCUCUCAACAAUAACUCUCUCCCUCGGCCUGACUUAGAUGGUGUUACCGCUCCCACCACCUCCACCCAGGUGUUCUAUAUAAGCGUGAGUGUCUGCUGCAUUGUCAUCUUCCUCGUGGCCAUCAUUCUGGCCAUCCUGCACCUGCACAGCAUGAAGAGAGUGGAGAUGGAGGACAGUGUGAGUGACAGUGGAAGCUCACAGGGCCUUUCUCAGCCGUCCACCCAGACCACGCAGUACCUGAGGGCUGACACUCCAAACAACGCCGCCCCUGUUACCAACAACCACCCUGGUUCUGCACCCAUACUCCAGCUUGCUGCCUCCUCCUUCCAAAACCCUGGUGCUCCCCCUCAUGAAACCAAAAGUUACCCAUCUCUGCGCAUAGAGAAGAAUGACCUGAGGAGUGUGACUCUGAUGGAGGCCAAAGCUAAAGUUAAAGAUAUUGCAAUCUCAAGGGACCGAGUUACACUACGAGACGUCUUACAUGAAGGCACUUUUGGCCGCAUCUUCCACGGCGUGCUGCUGGAUGAAAAGGACCCCAGUAAGGAGAAGCAGGUCUUUGUGAAGACCGUGAAAGAUCAUGCUUCUGAGGUGCAGGUGACGAUGAUGUUGACUGAAAGUUGCAAACUUCGUGGCCUUCAUCACAGAAAUCUGCUUCCCAUAAGCCACGUGUGCACAGAGGAUGGAGAGAAGCCCAUGGUGCUGCUGCCUUUCAUUGCUUGGGGUAAUCUGAAGCAGUUCCUGCGGCAGUGCAAGUUAGCUGAGGCUAACAACCCACAGGCAAUCUCUCAGCAGGACCUGGUUUACAUGGCCAUCCAGAUUGCAUGUGGAAUGAGCUACUUGGCUCGCAGAGAGGUCAUACACAAAGACCUCGCCGCUAGGAACUGCGUCAUUGACGACAACAUGCAGGUGAAGAUUACAGACAAUGCCCUCGCCCGAGAUCUCUUUCCCAUGGAUUACCACUGUCUGGGGGAUAAUGAGAACCGGCCUGUCCGCUGGAUGGCCCUGGAAAGCCUGCUCAACAAUGACUUUUCCAGUGCAAGUGAUGUGUGGGCUUUUGGAGUGACGCUGUGGGAGCUGAUGACUCUGGGGCAGACCCCCUACGUCGACAUUGACCCUUUCGAGAUGUCGGCUUACCUAAAAGACGGGUACAGAAUAGCACAACCAAUCAACUGUCCAGAUGAGCUGUUUGCAGUGAUGGCUUGUUGCUGGGCCUUGGACCCCGAGGAGAGGCCCAAGUUUCAGCAGCUGGUCCAGUGUCUCACAGAGUUUCACGCAGCGUUGGGUGCUUACGUGUGAAAGCAGUGGGUGGCACUUCUUCUUCUACUAAUCCAUUAAAGCAACGACACUAAAGGCUGGCGGACACUUUUCACGAGGAAUGCACAUUUGAAAUCGUGCCUUAUCACAUGAAAGAUGAGCAGACUUGUGCCCGA